CUGAGUUUGACAUUUUUUCUCCCAUCGGAAUGCAAAUGUUGUCUGCUUCUUCUCACAACUGAAAGCUGUUGUCUGCUGGUAAGCAAGCUGCAUUACGUAAAACAACAAAAGUUUCAGGAGAAGUGAUUGCAUAAUAUCCAUCAAAGGAUGGUGUUCAGUGCAGUGGACCGGUACAUCACAGUAUCGGGUGUGAGCUGGCUCGGAUGGUACCAGCGACGUAAGCUGGAAGAAGCCACAAAGGAUGUGAAGAAAGCCCAGCAAGAGACACUGAUAGAGAGAAUCAAGGAGAAUGCAGAUACAGAGUAUGGCAAGAGGUUCCUCUUCAGUGAGAUCAAAGACAGAGAUGACUUUGUUAAAGUGCAUCCACUCACAAGGUACCAGCAUUAUGAGCCAUACAUAGAGAGAAUGAUGCAAGGGGAGACAAAUGUUCUCACCAAGGACCAGCCUGUAAUAUUUGCUGUCACCUCUGGGACGUCAGGGAAACAUGCAACCAUUCCUAUGCUGAAAAAACAGCAGGGUACAUUUUUUACCCAAGGAAUUAGUGUUAUUUAUGACAGUAUGAGGAGCGCUUUCCCUAAUCAAAGCAGUUCUCAGAAAGAUAUGAAAUUCUUUUACACACCUAGACUCAGAAUGGCAGAGUGUGGCAUUCCAAUAGGUCCAAAUUCUUCCUCGCCGGCUAAUUCCAAGAGAAUAUUGAGCAUGUACUCAACACCUAAAGCUGGGUACGACAUUUUGACUGAGCCCGAGGCUUUGUAUAUCCAUUUGUUGUUUGGUUUGAAGGACAAAAAUCUGGGUAUAAUUGAAGCCAACUUUGCUUCUCUUGUGUAUUCAGCAUUCAGAUCUCUUGAUGAAAGAUGGGAUUCCCUGGUGAAGGACAUUGAAACUGGCUCAGUAUCUGAUCAACUGAAGAUUGAGGAUUCAGUCCGUAAAGAGCUCAAUCAGGUUUUAUCUGCAGACCCAAAAAGAGCUGAUGAGCUGCGUAAUGCCAAACUGGCAGGAACGGUUGGCAUUGCAAGUAGAGUGUGGCCAAAACUGAACUUUGUGAUGACUGCAGAUUCAGGCACAUUUGAACUGUAUGGUCAGAGGCUUCGAGAGUUGUACUGCAAAGAUGUGCCUGUAUAUUCCCCUCUGUAUGCAGCCUCAGAGGGAUUGUUAGGUGUUAACAUCUGGCCGAGAGAGCGUCCCAGUCGAUACUUACUAGCUCCUCGCUCAAUGUUCUUCGAGUUCAUUCCCGUAGAGAGAUGUGAAGAAGAGAACCCUCCUACAUUGUUUCUCGAUCAGGUUAAGGUAGACAAAGUCUAUGAGCUUGUGAUUACAAACGCGAGUGGGCUGUACCGGUACAGGUUUGGGGACGUGAUCAAGGUUGUCGGUCAUCACAACACAUGCCCUGUCAUAGAGUUCCAGUAUAGACAAGGGCAAUUCCUGAAUGUCCAUGCUGAGAAAACAAGUGAGUAUGCCUUCUACAAGGCCCUGACUGGGGCCCUGCAAAAGUCUGGGGUACAGAUGGUCGACUACUGCUGUACAGAAAAUGUCAUGGUGGACCAGGUCACACCAGGUAAAAAGUCAUCCAGCCCAUGCUACCAUGUGUUCCUGGAGUUGGAGGAAGGUUCACCAGUCAAUAAAGUAGCUAUUGACGAGGAGCUGAAGGCCAUGUCCUACGUGUACGCCUCCUUCAGACGCAAGGGCAGCAUCGGGCCCAUGCAGGUUUAUGUGGUAAAGCCAGGCACUUUCUCCGAACUGCGGGCUUUCAUGAUUGAGAAGACAACGGGCUCCCCAAACCAGUACAAGGUCCCAAGGGUGUUGAAGAAGCCCGAGGCCGUCAAGUUUGUGCUUGAUCGAGUUGAGGCUUGUCUGUUGUAAUCAAUGAUACUGUUUGUAUAUUGUAUUCAGAAGUCUUCUGUGUAAGUGGAUAAUGUGAGGAUGCUCGAUACAUUAUGUCAUAAUAUGGAUUAUUCAAUGAAAUGUGAAACAGUUUCAAAAGUAUGGAGCACUUAUAUUGUAGUUUUGUUUAGAUUGAAGGUAUUUCAGGAAUUUAUAGAAAAUGGUGGGAAUGUCUUUCUGUCUGUUUUGAAAAAAUGGAUACUGCGAUCUCUCAAUAAAAUAGUAAUCAAGUUAAAUUUAUGAAACAAGGUAAUAGUAUAGGGUUUAAUGUCAAAAAGGAGUUUCUAGUUUUAAAAAAGUGCCGCUAAGGCAACAAAACCCUUAGGGGACUAGUGUAUUGCCAGCAAUACUUAGUGACUUGUAUAAUUUCUUAGUGUGCACAAUCUAGGGUUUUUUAUUAUUGCCAAUCUGUUAAAACAAUAUCAAAGGAGUACCUUUCAAACAUCAUGAUUUUCUUCUUAAAGCUGAUCAUCAUGUGUAGGGUAAACAUAGUAUUAUUUUUUUACCAACAUACUAUUUAUGAACAAAACGUAACUUGAUGUACUUCAAGACUGGUGAAUGAAAAUACAAUGCCUCCCUUGCUGUCUAGAUAAUCCUGUAUUAUAUAUCACUCUCUGAGGUGUAACCGUGUUUGUUGUAAGAUUUCAUGGUUAUUUGUAAAUCGAACAUUGUACAAUGUACAUUUUUAAACAAAUACUCAAAACUUACAUAAGAAACACAAUCAACAAUUUCUUAUAGCGUGAUUCAUUCAAGGAUACAAUCACUAUAGAAUGUUUUACUGUUGAUCAAGAGUUAUUUAAGGAAUGAAUUGCGGGGUUGAUGUCAUUAUCGGGGUAUGAACGCAAUUGGGCUGG